GAUUAAAUAAUCUCUGGUCAUAGUGUCCUACCAUGUAGUUGUUUAGUUCUUGGUUUUUAUGACUACGGAAUGCGACAGACGGCCACCACGUCGUCUUGUAUAGCCCGCCGUUCUUAUUAGCGGUUACAUUACUGAUAACGAUUUAAAGCAUUUUGCUUUCGAAACAUUUCCGAUUCAACGUUUAAAUGUUUAUUUGUUUCCGACAGUGGGCACAUAAAAUCUUAAUCCGCCAACCGUGGUUUACGGUAAUUGGUCAACUGUGGUUUUCAAUUUUCAGGGUUAUCUUUAUUUUAGGUGCAGAAUGCGCGAUUAUAGCGACCAGCCGUAACGAGUAACGACUAACGGCGUGCAGGCCUAACUAAAAUAGUUGUGUAUCAUUAAUUGACAUUUUGUGUUUGACGUCCCACGAGUCAACGAGUGACUGCAAGUAACAACUGAUCCGUCGCCGGUUGGCCGUCUUUGCAUCUCUUGUCAUUCUGGAUUUUUGAGUGAUCCAACUUAACAAUUAUUGUAGACUUUUUUCUUUUUCUUUUUGAUAUUUAUUAAUAUACUCUUGCAUAAUAAUGGUUUUGAGCCCUCUUUCAUCCAAACAAGUAUUGGAGUUCUUGCCUUUGAACACGUGGACCGAGGUUGUUUUGCUUCCAAGUGAUUUAAAAAAUGUAUACAUUGUGACAACUAAAGAUAAAAUGGAAAAGCGUGAGAAAGACAUGCAAUCAAUUUCAUUACAGAGUAGCUCAUAUGAUAAAGUUACUCAAUUUAAAGUAUUAGAAAUAGUUGCUGUUAAAAUAGAAGGCAAAUGGUUCAGAGGGAAAUUAAUUAGUUUCAAUGAAUUUCAAACCGAUAAUACCAGAAUUGAAUUAGUUGAUUAUGGCUCUUUUUAUCAAACUAAGUUGGAAAAUCUGUUUGUCCUUCCAUAUUAUUUUAUGUAUGGACCAUUAGCUUUACCAGUCAUAUUCAAAGAUUUUAUUCCGAAAAAAACCAUAUUUUCUAUAAAACCCCUUCUGUCAGAAAGUAAUCUACACGAAGGUGCUGUUCUUGUUGAUGUUAAAGAUACAAAGUUAGGAAAUGGCGUUAAUGAAGAUCAAUUAUUAGAAUCAAAAAAAGACAUUAACUUUGGUAAAGUGAUAAGUGUUCAAAAUAAUAUAACCAAUGGUCAUAAUAAUAAUGAAUUAAGCAAUAACUUCGCUAAUGGUUCAAAAAUAAUAAGGGAACAAAAUAAUGUAACCAAUGGUCAUGAUAAUAACGAAACGAGCUUAUAUCUAUCUAGUAGUUCCAGAAAAGGUAGCUUUUUUAAUGAAGAAAAACUUAACAAUGUGCCGUUAAAAAAUAAAGAUUAUUGCAUUAUGACUUAUUUUGAAGAUUUGACUUGUUUGUAUGUUGGCAAAGCUAUAAAAAGUGACAAUGAUGGCAGUUAUGAUUUCGUUGAUUUUGACACUUUACACAAAACUGCUAUUAGUACAGAUAAAAUAUUAAAGAAUUAUCCUGUUGUGGGAGACAUUGUCAAGGUUUAUUCAACUGAAAAUGAUGGUUUGUAUAGAGCAAAAAUAUUAAAAAAUAAUAAUGGCAGUUAUGAUGUUUUCUACAUUGAUUAUGGAAACAUUGAAACAGUUCAAUCAAAUGUUAUUUAUGAAUUGGCUGAUGAAUUGAAGAAGCCAGGAAUAGCUGUUAAAAUAGGACUCAGUGAUUUAAAAAAUAUUCAAACUACCGAAGAAAUUAAAAAAUUGUUUCUAACAUUUUGUAAUUUUGGAAAGCCAUUUUUGAUUGAGUUUGAUGAAAACUCUAAAAAUUCUUUAGACAAUGUGAAAUUAAUAGAUAUAGAGAGUGAAUUAUAUGUCAAUUCUAAAUAUUUAAUGAAAUUUACGUCAAUACAAUCCGAAUAUGAGCCUGUUCCAAUUGAUAAAAAUACUCCAAUAAUUCAGAACAAUAUUAACCACCUCAGUGAUUUAAAAAAUAAUGAUAUCGUUUUUUUAAGACAUUUCGAAGACAUGCAAAAUGUGUAUAUUUUGAAGGAUGUACAAUUAUCAAAUGAUAUGAUGUUAAAAUUUCUUGUAGACAAGACUGCUGUAUGUAAAAAAAAGUUUAACGUAGGAGAUAUCGUUAAAAUUGUACUCGAAAGAUCUCAAUACCGUGCCAAAAUUCAAAAUAUUGAUACUAAUUUAAUAUAUGUUCAAAAUAUUGAUUUUGGAUAUUGUGAAUUUGUGGAGAAAAGUUCUGUUUGUGAACUGUCAGAUGAAUUUAAGAUUCCUGGAUUAGCCAUUAAGAUUGGAAUUAAAGGACCUUUUGUUAAGAAGACACAUGACUUGAAAGUUUUUAUUCAAAAUGUUGAAAAAACUCCAUUGUACUUGGAAUUUGAUGAAAGAAAUCCCAGUAGAUAUCAAGAAAUUACUUUAAGAAGAAAAGACAACUCAGAAAAUAUUUUUGAGGAGUUUUUAAAAUUAAAUACAAAUCAAUUAAUUUGUAAUGAAAUUUCAAACAACUGUGAAAAUAAUGACACAAUAAUUAAAUCAAAUGCAAGUUUAAUCAAUGACUUCCAAACCAUUAAAUUGAGAAGUGGAGAUUAUUGUCUUGUUUCUUAUUUCAAAGAUUUUAAAAAUAUUUUUUUAUGUAAAGCUGUAAAAAGUUGUGUAAUUGAUGGUUAUGAAAUGCAUAAUACGCCUAUUAUUUUGAAGACUUUGGAAAGUGAAGAUCGUAUAAUAAAAAUAAAUCCAGUCAUCGGAGAUAUUGUCAAAGUGUAUUCACAUUCGUUUGGUGAUUUUUAUAGAGCUAAAAUUUUAAAUAUUGAAAAUAAAGAUUUCUAUGUUUCUUAUAUUGAUUUUGGAAAUAUAGAGAAAGUUCAUUCUGCUGAUAUAUUUGAACUUUCAGAUGAAUUGAAAAAAGAGACUAUAUUACCCACUUCAGUAUCUAUUGAAGUUCCGUCAAAUGCCCAAAUAACAGAUGAAAUUCAAAAGUUCUUCACAAACUUAAUAGAUAAUAGUGUAGUUCUAUGUAUUGAAAACAAAAAACAAAAUAUUGAUAGUUCAGAAAAUAUAAUUCUAAAAGAAUUAAAGUCUGGUAAUUUGGUAAACACUGAAGUAUUGAAAUUACUACCUGGUGGAAUGACACCUAUCAAAAAUUGUGAAAAUUCUACUUUAACACAUUUUGAAGAUGUUAAAUGUACAUAUGUCACCAAAGUUCAUAAUUUAGAAAAUGUAGAAACAUUAAAGGAAACAAUAGAUAGUAGUACUGCUGAGAAUGUUGAAUUAAAAACUGAAGAACACCAAAAAUCACCAGAUGUUAUUGACGACAAAGUCAAGCUUGUGCCCCUUAAGAAUAGAGAAAUAGUUCGUCUAAGGUAUUUUUAUGAUUCAAAUUCUAUAUUUGUUUCUCGAGGUUCUGAAGAAGAUCUGUUUAAUGAUGUAACUGAAAGAACAUUUAAAGAUACAUCAAAAAGUAAAAAGUUAAACAUUCAAAUGGGAGAUAUUGUUAAAGCAAUGUUUGAAGGUGGUAUGUAUAGAGCAGAAAUACUUAAGCAAAUUGAUGAAAACCAUUUCUAUAUUUCUUUUAUUGAUUUUGGAAAUGAUGAAACAGUUAAUGCUGAUGAAAUCUAUGAAUUGCCCGAAGAAUUGAAAAAGAUUCCUGGUUUGUGCAUAAAAAUUGGUAUUAAAGGUUCACUAGUAGUUGAUAAAACCAAUGAUUUAGUAUCAAAGUAUCUAGAAGAGUUAGAAAGUCAACUUUUGUAUAUUGAAUAUGACGAAGAAAACCCAAAUGGAUUAAAAGAAGCUAGUUUAAGAAGAAAUAAUAAUUCUGAUGUUUUUGAUGAAUUAUAUAAAAUUUUGGAGGAGUCAAUUGAUACUAAAGAAGAAUCUAUUGAAAAACCACACAGUACUACUAAAAACAAGACAGAGUUGAUAUACUCACCUGAACUAGAAGUCAUAUCAGAUAUUGAACUGAGAACUGGUGAUACUGUUUUUUGUACUCAUUUUGAAGAUUUUAACCACCUAUACCUUUGUAAAGGUUCUAAAAAUAAUACUAUACCAGACAAUUUUAGUGUAAUUAUAAAUUCUAAUAUGGAAAAUGGUAUUAUUCUUAAAGAGAAUCCUAAGUAUAAGGAUAUAGUAAGAGUGAAAUUUGAAGAAAAAAUUUUCCGCGCUCAAGUUCUUGGUAAAUGUGAAAGGAAGUAUUCUGUAUUCUUAAUGGAUAUUGGAAAAAUUAUAGAUGUGCUUGAUAAUAAUAUCUUUGAACUUCCAAAUAGUUUAAAAAAUAUUCCUGGUUUAGCUCUUAAGGUUGGUCUUAAAGGUACAACAGGUUUUAGUAUAACUACAACUGUUAAAGAUUAUUUUUAUAGUUUGUGGAAAAAUGAUCCAGUUCCAUUAAUUUUAAGGUGUGAUGAAGAUAAUUUCAAUUAUUUAAAUGAAGUAAGUUUAAUAAAACAAAGUAGUGGACAAGAUGUAGUAGAUGAUUUAGUCAAAAUAUAUAGUUCAUCUGAAAACGUGUCAAAUAAACCUAAACUGGCUACAUCUAAUUCUCAAGUAACAAAAAGUAAUGGUUCUAAUAUUGAGUGGCAAAGUGGAGAUCUCGUUGAAUUUUUAUUUGGAAAUAAUGUUGACAAUAUUAAUGUUAGAAAAAUCAAAUCAUAUGAAGAAUUUAAAAAUGUCUUGGACCAACUAAAAAGAGAAAAUACCGAAAAUUUCAAACCAGUAGCUGCCAAGACUAAUGAUGUUGUUGCAAUAUAUUCUACAAGACAUGAGGGUAUUUAUAGAGCUAAAGUCAAGAUCCCAUGUUAUGAUAAUACUAAUAUGGUUAAAUGUUUUUUAAUUGAUAUUGGUCAUGUUGAUUUGAUCCCAACUAAAAAUAUAUUUGCAUUACCUAACUAUGUUUCAUUAAAUAAAAUACCAAUAAUGGUUCGUAGAGUUGUGCUUACCGGUUUAAACAAGAUCUUAAAUGCUAAGAUAGCACAAUAUCUAUCUACAUUAAAAGGGAAAACAUAUAUUAUGGAAUAUAAUAAAAAAUCUGAACUAUUUCAUAACCAAGAAGUUGUAUUAAAAGAAUUACAAAGCAAUGUGUCUCUGAAUGAUGAAGUACAGAAGUUAUUUUCUAAUGAUUCUACUUCUAGGGAGACGUUAUCUCAGCAGCGAAGAUUAGAAAGAAAAAUCAUCAUGCCGGAGACAAAAGAAAGCCCAUUGGAGAAACCAUCCCAUCCUAUUAAGAGUGGUUCAUCUGUUUUCAUAACUAAUUUUGAGAACUUCAAUUCAAUUUUUAUUCGUGAUGCGUCAUAUGAAUUUAUUGAAAACUUUAAUGCAUUCAAUAAACAGAUGUUAAAAUAUUUUAGAAAUGCUAAUAAUAACAUCCCCAAAGAAAUGUUGAAAAUUGGUGAUAAAGUAUGUGUAAAGUCAUUAUUAAAUGUGGUUAUGCAUUCUCGUGCUCAAAUUACCAAUAUAAUUGAUAAUGAAUAUAAUGUUUUUUACCUGGAUUAUGGGAAUACAGAAAUAGUAAAUGCUGAAGACAUAAUGGAUUUACCAAAAGAAUUAGAAAAGUUUCAAAAUUUUGUCAUAAAAGUUCAACUUCAAAACAUGCCACCAUUGAAAACAAAAAACGAAAUUCAACUUAUCAAGAAUUAUUUCAAAAAAACUUUCAUCACACCCAAUGCAACACUUUCUAUUGAAUUUAAUGAGUUUAAUCCAAAAGGCCUUGAUGAUGUCAUUUUGAGGACAGAAUAUUAUAAUAAGGAUAUUGUUGAGGAUAUCAGGAGCUUACUAAAUGCACCACCAUUGAAUAUUAAAAUAACAGGCCAAAAUAAAAGUACAGAACAACAAACUUCAUCUCAUGGCAUGUUUCCCUACUCAGCACGAAGAUUAUAAUAAUUUUUAGCAAAUUAUUAUUAAAUAUAUUAUUAUGUACCAUAUCUUAACAGCUUUUUUUUAAUUUGUAUGUUAUUCUAAAAGAAAG